UAGCUUCUCCCUCAAACUUCUUUGGAGCCCUCAUGGCUCACACAAAGGCGAAUUAAGCUGUCCAUGUAGUAUGUAGUGUACACACACACAUACUGACAGACCAAGGUUGGGCUAGCUUAGCUGUGUGCAGAUCGCGACCUCGUGUAUACCUUCCUUCUCGCCGGGGUCUCCGCCGGCCGUCGCUUUGCUUGCCGGCAAGGCUUCCCGGAUCCCCUCUCGCUCCCAGCUACAUUUGGCCUCACCGAAAGCUGCUUUGCUACUGCUAGCCUGCGCGUGACAAGGCUUCUGUGUUUGGCUUCGUGCAUGUGUUCGACAGGCUAGAGUGGCGUUCUAGCGCAAGCUUCUUCUUGGUGGUACUAGUUUCUUGCUGCCGCAUAUAUGCCUGGCUCGCGCGUCACCUGCCAUUUACGCUUGCUAGAUGAGGGCCUGAUAGACCAGAGCGUGAGUGCUGCGAAUCUCUUUGGAAGUUGAUCCGUUCGCCUUGAAAGAUUGAAUAGGAAGAUCGAACCUGAGACGUGGUGCUUGAUCGAGGCGAGGUGAGGUGAUCGGCAAUGGGCAGCAACCAUGAGGCGCACCACGAGGACUUCCAGCUCAAGGACACGAACCCGCUGCUGGGCGAGCAAUGGCCCAAGGGCGCGGCGGGGCCGGCGCGGCCCGCCGUGGGCGGCGGCAUCGCGGGGUGGCUGGGCAUGGACAAGCCGUCCAGCACGUACGACCUGGUGGAGCAGAUGUUCUUCCUCUACGUGCGCGUGGUGAAGGCCAAGGACCUGCCCCCCAACCCCAUCACCGGCGCGCCCAUGGACCCCUACGUGGAGGUGAAGCUGGGCAACUACAAGGGCACCACCAAGCACCGCACCAACCCAGAGUGGGACCAGGUCUUCGCCUUCUCCAAGUCCCGCGUCCAGUCCAACGCCCUCGAGGUCUACCUCAAGGACCGCGACAUGCUCGGCCGCGACGACUACGUCGGCCGCGUCCUCUUCGACCUCGCCGAGGUGCCCACCCGCGUGCCGCCCGACAGCCCGCUCGCCCCGCAGUGGUACCGCCUCGAGCAGCGCCGCGGCGGCGACGCCGGCUACAAGGUGCGCGGGGAGCUCAUGCUCGCCGUCUGGAUCGGCACCCAGGCCGACGAGGCCUUCCCCGAGGCCUGGCACUCGGACGCCGCCACCGUGCGCGGCGAGGGCGUCGCCAGCGUCCGCUCCAAGGCCUACGUCUCGCCCAAGCUCUGGUACCUCCGCGUCAACGUCAUCGAGGCGCAGGACGUGCAGCCGCAGUCCCGCGGCCGCGCUCCCGAGGUCUUCGUCAAGGCGCAGGUCGGCAACCAGAUCCUCAAGACCUCCGUCGUGCCCGCCGCCACGCUCAACCCGCGCUGGAACGAGGACCUGCUCUUCGUCGUCGCCGAGCCGUUCGAGGAGCAGCUGGUGAUGACGGUCGAGGACCGGGUGUCGCCGCGCAAGGACGACCUCCUCGGCCGCGUCCAGCUCCCGCUCACGCUCUUCGAGAAGCGCCUCGACCACCGCCCGUUCGUGCAGUCCCGGUGGUUCGACCUCGAGAAGUUUGGCAUCGGGGGCGCCAUCGAGGGCGAGACACGGCGGGAGCUCCGCUUCGCCAGCCGCGUCCACGUCCGAGCCUGCCUCGAGGGCGCGUACCACGUCAUGGACGAGUCCACCAUGUACAUCAGCGACACCCGCCCCACGGCGCGGCAGCUCUGGAAGCCGCCCGUCGGCGUGCUCGAGGUCGGCAUCCUCAGCGCCAUCGGCCUGCAGCCGAUGAAAAAACUGGAAGGCCGGGGAAGCACCGACGCCUACUGCGUCGCCAAGUAUGGGCAGAAGUGGGUGCGCACGCGCACCAUGAUCGGCACCUUCAGCCCGACGUGGAACGAGCAGUACACGUGGGAGGUGUUCGACCCCAGCACCGUCAUCACCAUCGGCGUCUUCGACAACUGCCACCUCGGCGGCGGCAACGGAAACAACGGCGGAGGAGGUGCAGGAGGAGGAGGAGGGCCUCCGGCGAGGGACGCACGCAUCGGCAAGAUCCGCAUCCGCCUGUCCACGCUGGAAACCGACCGUGUGUACACGCACGCGUACCCGCUGAUCCUGCUGACGCCGUCGGGGGUGAAGAAGAUGGGCGAGCUCCGGCUGGCCGUGCGCUUCACCUGCCUCUCCAUGAUGAACAUGGUGCACCUCUACACGCAGCCGCUGCUCCCCAAGAUGCACUACCUGCACCCCUUCACGGUCACGCAGCUCGACGCGCUCCGCUACCAGGCCAUGGGCAUCGUGGCGGCGCGGCUGGGCCGCGCGGAGCCGCCGCUGCGGCGGGAGGUGGUGGAGUACAUGCUGGACGUGGAGUCCCACAUGUGGAGCAUGCGCCGGAGCAAGGCCAACUUCUUCCGCGCCGUCUCGCUCUUCUCCGGCGCCGCCGCCGCCGCGCGCUGGUUCGCCGAUGUCUGCCACUGGAAGAAUGUGGCCACCACCGCGCUCGUCCACGUCCUCCUCCUCAUCCUCAUCUGCUACCCGGAGCUCAUCCUCCCCACCGUCUUCCUCUACAUGUUCAUGAUCGGGCUCUGGAACUACCGCCGCCGCCCGCGCCACCCUCCCCACAUGGACACCAAGAUGUCCUGGGCCGAGGCCGUGCACCCGGACGAGCUCGACGAGGAGUUCGACACCUUCCCGACGUCCAGGCAGCAGGACGUCGUCUACAUGCGCUACGACCGGCUGCGCAGCGUCGCCGGCAGGAUACAGACCGUCGUCGGCGACAUGGCCACGCAGGGGGAGCGGCUGCAGUCGCUGCUCAGCUGGCGCGACCCCAGGGCGUCCUGCCUCUUCGUCUUCUUCUGCCUCAUCGCCGCGGUCGUGCUCUACGUCACGCCGUUCCGGGUCGUCGCGCUCGUCGCCGGGCUCUUCCUGCUCCGGCACCCGCGGUUCCGAACCAAGCUGCCCGCCGUGCCAAGCAACUUCUUCCGGCGACUGCCGUCGCGGGCGGAUAGCAUGCUCUGAACUACUAUGAGUGACCUACUUACUAUAUAUGGCUUGUUCUUCGAUCGGGUUUUUGAUUUUCUUUUUCCAAGCCAAAAAAGACUCUGAUUCGUCUUCAUAUGAGAGUGUUUGUUAAUUAAAUGCUGAGUUUGGACACUGUGGGUUUGAGAGCACCCCGCGUGUAACUAUGUUUGUCUCAAGAAGAAUGACAAUAAUUGCAUGCUUGAAGCUCUAGGAAUAAAAAUGUUUUUUAUCAACACAA